AUGAAUACUGAUGAGUGGCAGUUGAGUUAUAGCGACAUGGCUGCUCUGGCUCGUGUCUCGCGAGAGCUCAAUGGUCUUGUCAACCCCUACCUCUACCACACAGUCCGCUUCCAUAGCCCUGGACACAUCGAUUCUCACGACAAACUUCUGAUGAAGCUGGACACGCUUGGCCACCCCGAGUUCGACAAGAUGGGGUUCAUCAAGCGAGUGAUCGUGUCUGGGACCUGGUAUUCGACGUAUGCCUCGAUCGACUCCUGGCUUGCGCCGAGGAGAAUCCUCUCCCCGGCAGCCAGGUUGCUCAGCAGUCUUCUCUGCAGCUGCGUAGUCCGUAUGCCCAACUUGGAGGAAUUCGUUUGGGAUAUGCAGGUCUCCCUGACUCAGUAUCUGGUCUCGAAUGUCGUCUUGCGGCCGAUGCUUCGGAAUCUACAGCUGCGCAUGGGCACCGACUGCACCCCCAAGCCCUUCUUCCGACCCCCGUUGAACAUGAAGCUCUCGAUGAGCCUGACGGUGCUCUCGCUCGUGCAAGUGGACGACGUGGACGUGAUGAGAUCGGUGGGAACGGCCGUCAGGAGCGCGACGAACCUGCGGGAACUCACGAUCUGGGCGGAUAAUAAUUCCGGGAUCAGCGUCAGCACCCUAUUCGAGGGCUGGCCCACACAUCUGGCCUCGCAACUCCACCUGCUGGACCUGCGCGGCUUCGCUGCCCUAGGGGUCACGCCCGCCGACUUCUGGGCCAUGCUGCGACCGUCCAAACUCACCACUGUCACCCUGGACUUCCUCGACCCGGACUCGCUCGCCACCACCGUCCGGGACUUCUGGGACGCCGGCCUCGAGGCGGACUUCCGCCCUGUGCGGCUCACCACGGAUCUCGUCAACAACUCGAUCGACGGCUUCCUGCGUGCCUUCAGUGGGCUGGAGGUCUUCCAUGGCAUCCCGAUCCGCGGGCAAACGUCUAGUCAAAUGGUGGCCUCCGAGUCGCUCUUGGAGGUGCUCGAGCAGCAGCAUGGGGCCACCCUGAAGGUGCUGGGUCUGAGCCUACCGUGCCACGAAGAUCGACCCUGCUCCUGUGUAGAGUUGCUGCGUCUGAUUGCAACCAAGCUCCCGCAGUUGGAAGAGCUUCGUAUCCGACAAGACAAGGUCGACGCGGAAGCCAUCAAGUCCGCCCUCUCCCUCCCCAAUCUGCAAGUCCUCUACAUCGACAUGCAAGACGACUUCUCGACGCCUCCCGCGGAAUUCCUAACAGUCGCCGAAGCGCCCCUACGCGCGGGCUACGCGAAGGAGCUGCGAUACCUCGCCUUUGGCGACGGCACCACGUACGAAUACUUGAGGAAGGUGGGCAGUUUCUCGAACGAGCCGUCUCUCGUCGGGUAUAUCCCGGGCACUGUCCUGCUCCACGAGAAGAUGAAUGACUGGGUUGGGGCUGCAGUCUGA